GGUCACAUGACUGGUCACAUGCCCGUGACGUCAUCAGGUCCUUCUGCCGUCUAUCUCCCGGCCGCUCUGUGCGGUUGGAGGACCUGCGGCUCCCGAUGCUGUGUUUCGGUUUCGGGUUUAGCAGGUUCGGGCAGUUCGGGUCGGGAGCAGAAGUCACCCGAAACCUCCCGGUGCCCGUACAGGGCCAAGGGGCGGACACCGAGAAGAAGAGCGUCCUCAGAGCCGUCCCGUCCUGGAGCUAUAACGCCCUCCUGACAGAUGAGGGGUCUCUCCUGCUCUCCGGUUGGGUCGGUGGGAGUCCGCAGCAGCUCGUCCGUUUCCCCGAGGUGAGUUGUCGCGAUGUUCUGCCAUCAGAGAAAUAUCUUAUCGUCCUUAUGGAAGAACGAGCAGAAUGCUGGGAGGUCGGCAGCCUGGACUGUGCGGGGACGAUGCCAGACGCCGUGUGGAAGAAGGAGCUGGAUGAUGGACACAGCACAGAUUUCCCCCUGGUAUCUGGGGGUCAUGUUCUACCUCACACCCCCUUCUUCAAGGAGUUGCCCCCCACCCUUCAGGCUCAGAAGAUGGCGCUGGGGCAGGAGCACGCUGUUCUGCUGACAUCAGACGGGACGGUGCUGACCUGGGGAGCAGGAAGACACGGACAGCUGGGACACGGAGAUGUGGAGGACGUGGCGGAACCACGGAUAGUGGAAGCUCUGCAGGGAGUGACCAUGUGUGAGGUGGGUGCCGGGGGAUGGCACAGCGGAUCAAUCAGCGAGAGCGGGGACUUGUAUUGCUGGGGGUGGAAUGAAUCCGGACAGCUCGGGCUUCCCUCAAAGGCUUCACUACCGUUACCAGUUCUGUCUGGAGAAGGACCUGCGGCCGGAGGUGAACAAGAUGGAGAAGGCGAAUAUAUCGCCAUUCAGUCUUUCCCGGCUCUGAUUGAUUUACCGCAGGAAUCAGAAGCGGCGAAAGUCAGCUGUGGAUCCCGCCAUACGGCCGCCGUUACCCGUAAGGACCUGUCUGUACUUUAA